AUGUCUCACGAGUCUGUCUGGAACUCCCGCCCCCGCAACUACGGCAAGGGCUCCCGCUCUUGCCGUGUCUGCAAGCACACCGCCGGUCUCAUCCGCAAGUACGACCUCAACCUGUGCCGUCAGUGCUUCCGUGAGAAGGCCAAGGACAUCGGCUUCAACAAGUACCGUUAA